ACCAAGUUUAAUCCACAGACAGACGUUAAUAGUGGAGCUCUUCCAGGCAAAUAUCUAACCAUCUAUUGUCAAUAUUUAAGAUUAUAAACACAUUAAGAAUCGACAGAAAUACUGAAGAUGGAAGAAAGUUGCAAAAAUAUAUGGAAAGCAGUGAUUGUUCGUCUGAUAUUUGUAAUCCAUUCUGGCUUGGCUUACUGGCGCGUGGCGUCCGUCUAUGAUAAGUCUCGGUUUUAUCUACUCUUUCUUCUCCUGCUGCAGGUGGCCGAGUGUCUCUACGCCGUCAUUGGAAGAAAAGGAGUGGAAUACAAGUGGUUCUCUUCAUGCUUCUUCUUCUACAUAGCGAGUACGGUUCCUGCAAUCUGCAUGCUGGAGAUAGACAGACUCAAUCGCUAUACGGAAAUUUACCAAAGAGAAAAUGGAACGCAUCUCGAAGCACUAAUAGCUAUAAAAGGCGUGACCUUACCAUUUACCCUUACACCUGACAUCUGGGUCUCCUUAAUUGAAGAAGGAAUGCUCUUUCUGAUGAUCUUGGGACGACUGAUACUGCCUCGAGGCGAACUGUCACGUGACCAGCUUGCAGAACUUUUGUUCGUCUUCAUCGGCAUGGCAUCGGACAACUCGGAUCUGUUCGUUCUGUUCGACGAGUCGGCCGUCAGGAAGGACAGAGUGUUGACGAUCGCCAUCCUUGUCAUCUGGUGUCUUAGCAUGAUAUUGUAUGCAGUAGGACUAACAGUCGCCGAAACGUCUCUCGGGAAAUUUUGUUCUUUGCUUUUUGCAUUCCUUCUGCAGGAUUUCCCGUAUUUGAUCGUAAGAGUAGUGGUUUUAGCAAAGUACGCGUUGGCCAGUUAUGGCGUUCUCUUCUUUCUGUUCAAGAACAUCUUUGUCACGAUACUGGUAUUUUACAAACUGUUCACUUUGUGUGACAAUGAUGAUGAUUAUGUUUAGGACUAUAGGUCUGUCCGUCUGGCUGUCUGUCAGUCUGUCUUAUAUAUAGUUGUCCGAACUUUUUUUUUGCAAUGUCUUAAGAUAUUGAGCUGGAAUUUUGGUUAUAUCUUUAUCAUGUACUGUUACAAAUCAUGUUUGACUUUCAUGACAAUUCACCAGUUUUAAACAGAAUUAUGUCCUUUGAACGUAGAAGAUACGAAAAUUUGUUUUCGCAAUGCCUCAAGAUAUUGAACCGAAUUAGUUUAAUAUAGCUUUAUCGUGUACUGUUACAUAUGAAUUUUGAAGUUCCUGGCGAUUUACCCAAUUUUGACAGAGUUAUUGCUCUUAAACUUAGAAGAUCAAAGAAUAUUUUGUGGGCCCGAAUAACUGUUCAAAUAAUUAUCAACAGGAAUACUGACCCUUGUUAUCAUCUCUAAAACCAAAACCCGUCAAAACUCGAAGAUAAGACUACUUCAGAUGAAUGGCGAAAUCAUAAUAAAAAUUUUUUUCACUGUUCUGAACAUUCAUGAGUAAGUAAACGACUAACUGGAGACAGAAUAUAAGAUCUUAAACGGACAUUCCUGAGUUUGCUACAUUGUAAGAUGUUUCCGAAAAAUAAAAUAUUUUUACGAAUAAACUUACAUAUUAAAUAUAUUUUCUUGUUUAUAUUAUCAGUAUCUGUAUAUUUAAUGUGU